UUUUUACCCACCACUCCUACUUUCUCUAAAACCCUGCUGCAGCUGUUCUUCAGGGUUUUUGAUUUUUUGCAGUUUAAAUUCAUCAGGUUUCCCUUGUUCGUGUGUUUAUGAAGCUCGGAUGUGCAUUUUCUACCAGUAUUCUUUGCUCGGAGAUGAAUGCUUUGAAUGCGACUUCAGUAUGCCCGCACAAGCUCUUCCGGCGGCAGCCGGAGCACAGGAAGCGGCUCGUUUAUGGCUGUGCAUCUGUGCCUUCCGUCAAGGGUUCGCGUAGCUCUAAUGUUCCCCGUAGAAGGUCAGGACGAAUGGAAGGAGCUGGAAAGAGCAUGGAAGAUUCAGUCAAACGCAAGAUGGAACAGUUUUAUGAAGGUCCGGAGGGGCCGCCGUUACGCAUAUUACCCAUUGGUGGUUUAGGAGAAAUUGGAAUGAAUUGCAUGCUGAUAGGGAACUAUGAUCGUUAUAUUUUGGUCGAUGCUGGCGUAAUGUUUCCAGGCUACGAUGAACUUGGUGUCCAAAAGAUUAUACCGGAUACAAUGUUUAUAAAAAAGUGGAGGCACAAAAUUGAAGCUGUUAUUAUUACCCAUGGGCAUGAAGACCACAUUGGUGCGUUGCCUUGGGUCAUUCCAGCGUUGGAUUCUCACACACCAAUAUAUGCUUCAUCCUUCACCAUGGAGCUUAUCAAAAAGCGUUUAAAGGAGUUUGGGAUUUUUGUUCCAUCUAGACUUAAAGUAUUUAAGACACGGAGGAGGUUUGUUGCCGGACCGUUUGAAGUUGAACCCAUAAGGGUCACACAUUCUAUUCCAGAUUGCUCUGGGUUGGUUUUCCGAUGUGCCGAUGGUACUAUUCUCCACACAGGAGACUGGAAGAUAGACGAGUCACCACUGGAUGGGCAAGUUUUUGAUCGCAUGUCUCUAGAAGAACUUGCAAAGGAAGGCGUAACUUUGAUGAUGAGUGAUUCUACAAAUGUGCUUUCACCAGGAAGGACAUUGAGUGAGACAGUUGUGGCAGAUUCAUUGUUAAGGCAUAUCUCAGCUGCUAAGGGGAGGGUUGUUACUACUCAGUUUGCUUCCAAUAUUCAUCGCCUUGGUAGUGUAAAAGCUGCUGCUGAUUUGACUGGCCGGAAGUUGGUAUUUGUUGGGAUGUCCUUACGGACAUACCUUGAUGCUGCUUGGAAAGAUGGAAAGGCGCCCAUCGAUCCUUCGACACUGGUAAAAGUGGAAGAUAUGGAUUCUUAUGCUCCAAAGGAUCUGCUAAUCGUCACCACCGGAUCUCAAGCAGAACCUCGUGCUGCUUUGAAUCUUGCAUCAUAUGGAAGUGGUCAUUCCCUCAAGUUGAAGAAAGAAGAUCUUAUUUUAUAUUCUGCUAAAGUAAUCCCAGGCAAUGAAACAAGAGUCAUGGACAUGCUAAACCGGAUAUCAGAAAUUGGAUCUACUAUAGUGAUGGGGAAGAACGAGCUGUUGCAUACAUCCGGUCAUGCCCAUCGAGAAGAAUUGGAUGAAGUGCUGAAAAUUGUUAAGCCACAACACUUCCUCCCUAUACAUGGAGAACUCUUAUUCUUGAAAGAGCAUGAGUUGCUUGGCAAGUCAACCGGCAUUCAUCAUACUACUGUUAUAAAGAAUGGGGAGAUGCUCGGAGUGUCACAUUUAAGAAACAGAAGAGUUCUGUCAAAUGGUUUCAUUUCCCUUGGGAAAGAGAAUCUACAGCUGAUGUACAGUGAUGGCGACAAAGCUUUUGGCACAGCAGCUGAACUAUGUGUCGAUGAGAGAAUGAAAAUAGCUACAGACGGUAUUGUAGUGAUUAGCAUGGAAAUAAUGCGGCCUCAGGCCGGAGACGCCGAGAAAGUUUUAAAAGGAAAAAUUCGAAUCACUACUAGAUGCUUAUGGCUUGAUAAAGGACGGCUUUUGGAUGCCCUUCAUAAAGCAGCGCACGCCUCUCUGUCAAGCUGUCCCGUAAAUUGCCCUCUCGCCCACAUGGAAAGAACAGUUUCUGAAGUUCUGAGGAAAAUGGUGAGAAAGUACAGUGGCAAAAGACCUGAAGUCAUAGCUGUUGCUACAGAGAAUCCGGCCGGAGUUAUUGCUGAUGAGAUCAACGGAAAACUAUCAGGAAAGACGCAUAUUAGUUCCGAGAUGAUGGCACUGAGAAAAGCAGUCGAUGGACAUGAAGAGGGUAAAAAGCCGUUCGACAUUCUUGACCAAGAUGAAAAUACCCUUUCACUUGCAACGACUACUGCAGAAGACGACUUACAAGUGUUUGAUUUCGAAGGAAGAGAUCAAGAAAAAGAAGCUACGGCAGAUUCCAAGGCAUCCGAAAGGGAUCCCAACAUCGAUGAAUCAGCUGAUUUCUUCAAGUCGUUCAUAUCCUCAUCAGUCCGAAAUCAGUCAGACGGCAACAACAGCAACAGUGCGUUAUUUCCAGCAGCAGAACAGCCAAAGUCUCGACCAAAGCUCGCAAAGUCUGUAAAAAGGAACAAAUGGAAACCCGAAGAGAUCAAGAAGCUAAUAAAAAUGCGCAGAGAGCUCCAUAGCCGAUUCCAAGUCAUCAAGGGACGGAUGGCCCUCUGGGAAGAGAUAUCUUCAAAUUUGUCGUCCGAUGGAAUCAGCAGAAGCCCCGGACAGUGUAAAUCCCUUUGGACAUCCCUUGUUCAGAAAUACGAGGAAAGCAAGCGAGACGCCAAGUCCCAGAAGAGCUGGCCCUAUUUUGAGGAUGUCGACAAGAUUUUGUCGACUGCGGAGCCCAACAUGUCCAAAUGAUUCUUACAUGGGGAUCAGCUAUUACAGGUAUGUGUCGAAACUCAUGAUUUAUGAAUUUGUUUCUACACUAAGUUGGGGUCAAGAUUUUGAAAAAUUCAUGUGAUGAAUUAAGUUGCAGAUUUUUGGUAGUUAUGAAAGAUGUGUGUGUAAGACAGGAAAGAUGCAUAGAAAGAUCAGUUUAGUUUAA